CCUCAUUUGAGCACUAAUUUCGACUAAUAAUAAUAAUAAUCAGGCGUGCAAAUGGCGAAGGCUGCGACAGCCAUGGUUAUGACCCGGCAGGAGCAGAAGGACUACAUCAUCAAAAAGGGCGGGCGGGUGCUCAAGUUCACAGACAACGGCGGCGAGCUGUACUUCCGGUACUACUUUGAGAACCCCGAGCAACUGACGUGGUACAAGCUAGUCAGUGGGCUGCGCGUGUUGUUCAGUAUCGCGCAGGAGGACGUGUACAUCCAGUACACUGACGACACGGGCUCCAAGAUCAAUGUCACCGACGACGGCGGGCUGCGCAUCAUGUUCGAGGAGACUGCCAGCACCGACUACGUGCUGGUGCAUGUCAUUGCUGAGGGACGCACGGCGUCACGCAUGGACUCGGUGCAGGCGGUCGAGGGCCGGCCCACGGUGGCCAUGCCGAUGCCGUCGUCGGGAUUCCCGGGCAUGGCGCCGAGCCGUGCCGGCUCAGAAAUCAGCUUCACCAGCCUGCAGACCGGCGCUGGAUGUCAGGCCACCGCGCCCGCCCGUGGCUACCAGUCCUGGCGCCUGGGCCGGUGCCGCAGAACAUGAGCCAGAGCGCCAUGCAGGCCGGACCUGUAGCCAUGGGCCCUGGGUACGGCAACGUCAAGCAACAUGUCAAACUCUACGCUUCCCCCGCCACGCCCGCAGCAGCCGCUGUCGGGAAUGCAGAGCCCAGUGCAGGGCCACCAAUAAAUUGCCCCUCUUUUCAAAACAGCUCUGGGUCGAUGCCCAGUCGCCUAAGCAUGUACGCAAUGUCAAUGUCUGUGUUUUCGGCACUGGCUGUCUGCCGCUGUUCCUCCAUCAUCGGUUUGAGCACAGCAAACAGGUCCUCGCUGGCUGCUGCACACGCUGCCUGCCACUUUUCUACCAGCCCGUCGACUGUCUCUGCAUCGCCCUUCUCGAUUAGCAGAUGCGCGCGCUCCAGCAUCGCCUACCUGCUCGCGCGUCUCCAGCAGCUCCUUCUGCAGCCUAGGCUUUCUCCUGCAGCAGCUCUAGCGUCUCUUUGUCGUUGAUUGCAAACCGCGGCGCCAUCGGCGACUUUGACAGCACUGAGCGUAGGCUGGCGCUGCCUGUCUGCGGAGUGCGGAGUGCCCGUCGGGGUGUGCGUGUGGGCGUCUUUGGCGUGCUGGUGGGCGGUGGGCUAAGUCGCCGCUUCUUUGGUGGCGGUGUCUGGCAUUCGCCUGCUAGCUCCUUGGCUGGCGUGGGCGGCAGCUUGCGCUGGCGACUUGAACGGCUUGGCCAGGGAAUUGCGUGCUGAUUUCGUCGAAUGUAGCAUAUAAUUCAGAAAGAGCGCCAAUAAUUUUAUUUUAAUAAAAGAACAGGCUGCGGAUAAGAGAGC